AUGGAUGCUCAUGAAGCUAGAGUCUUGCUCGGUUUCCCUCCCAAUUCGCGUCCAACUCCGUCCCAGGUAAAAUCAGCUUACAAGAAGAAGGUCUGGGAAUCUCACCCAGACCGAUUUCCAUCACAUGAAAAGCCUCUUGCUGAGUCUAAGUUUAAACUGAUUUCAGAAGCUUACACAUGCCUGCAAUCUGGUGGGAGAGGACAUUUUUCAGGUUCAGUUGAAUAUUCACAUGUUGUGAGAAGUGGAUUUCCGAGGGCUCAUGGAGGAAGAAAAAAUCGUGCAAUGAUUAAAGUCCCAUUUGUUUUGAUCAUUCUGGGAACUGUUGUUCAAGGGCUUACAAAAAGCAAAAGGAGGAAUACCCCUCACAUAAUCCAUUUCUACCUUGAUUUCUCCUCGACCAAGCCAGUAAUGACCUAUUUGUUGUAA